AUGUCGACUGCCAAGAAGAACCAAGGCGGAUCCAAACCAGCCCGCAAACCAGCGCUUCGGUUUUUCCAUGUCGACAGCGACGGCAACGACACUCGCCCAUCGACGUCGACUGCAUCCGCUGCACCGCUGUCGGACGUUGACAUUCUCGCGGCCGAUCUCGCUUCAGCCAGCAACGCACGAGGAGGCAAGCGACGCCACGAGCCCAGCGCCGAUGGUGCGAGCAGCAGCAGCAACAGCAACAGCAACAACAGAAACAAGAUCAAGGAGGACCCGGUCAUGCUGCGUGCGGCCAAGCGGGCACGGCAGUACCACCGCGGACUCGACCAGCACGCGCAGGAAGCAGCCUCGCGUGGACGACCGACUGCUGCUGCUGCUGCCGACAGCGACGACGACGACCACGAAGAUCAAGAGGGUCACGGGGAUCAAGAUGACCAAGACGACGAGGACGCAGACCCAGUCAUCUCGAUGGCAACCAAGGAGCACACAAAGCGUCAACAGAACGCGCUCCUGCAAGGCGUCAUUGCAGUCAACCCGUCAAGCGCAGUGCCAGACAAGCAGUCGAAGGGCAAGGGCAAAGGUCCGUCCAAGGAUCAGGACGAUGGCCAGCCUUCGUUGAAUAGCACGGUCAAAGCCAUGUACAAGAACGUGGAUGACAAAAAGCUGAAGGCACGGCUGGAAAAGAACGAGCGCCAGAUGUACGACUCGGCAAUGAAGGCGGCUCGAGCUGAAGUCUUGUUGCCAGCGGAAGCAGGCUUCUUGGAAGCCGACGGUAUUGAAAAGACCUACCAGUUCAAGCAAGCCCAAAUCGCUGCCAAUGUCGACAUGAGCAGCGCCAAUAAGAUGUUUGAACUCGAUCUGCCAACGCUUGGCCCGUACCGCAUGAGCUACACACGCAACGGCCGCCACAUGGUCAUUGCAGGCAAGAAAGGCCACGUCGCUACAUUCGACUGGAAGACUGGCAAGCUCGGCUGCGAGCUGCACCUCAUGGAAACGUGCAGGGACGUCAAAUGGCUGCACAACGAGACCAUGUUUGCAGUCGCCCAGAAAAAAUACGUGUACAUCUACGACCAUUCCGGCACGGAAAUUCACUGCCUUCGCAAGCACAUUGACGUCAACCGACUUGAUUUCCUGCCCUAUCACUUCCUCUUGGUAUCUGUGGGUAACGCUGGCUAUCUCAAGUAUCAAGAUACAUCUACGGGCCAACUUGUGGUGGAGCACCGAACAAAGCUGGGCUCUUGUGAUGUGAUGCGUCAUAAUCCCUAUAAUGCAGUCGAGCUUUUGGGCCACACCAAUGGCACUGUAACAAUGUGGAGCCCCAACAUGACCACACCGCUCGUGAAAAUGCUCUGUCAUCGAUGCAUGUACAUGACAACGGCUGGUCUCGAUGGGCAGAUGAAGGUUUGGGACUUGCGAACCUACAAGGAGCUGCACUCGUACUACACCCCAACGCCCGCCACGUCGUUGGACAUUAGCCAGUCGGGCUUGCUUGCGGUUGGCCAUGGACCGCACAUCCAGGUCUGGAAAGACGCGCUGGCCACCAAAGUGCGUUCGCCAUACAUGUCGCAUUUGGUCGCCGGCUCGAUUGUCAGCAACAUGCAAUUCUGCCCCUUUGAAGACGUGCUCGGCGUUGGCCAUGCUCGAGGCAUCUCGUCGCUGCUUGUUCCUGGCGCUGGCGAGGCCAACUUUGAUGCUCUUGAGGCCAACCCGCUGCAAACCAAGAAGCAGCGCCAGGAGGCUGAGGUCAAGUCGCUCUUGGACAAGCUGCAACCCAACAUGAUCACGCUCGAUCCAUGGCAACUCGGAACCCUCCGCCGAAACGACGCAAACACUCAGAUGGCCGCGGCUCAAGCCGCCGAGCAGGCCGAGCAAGAAGCUGGCAUGGAAUACGCACCUCGCCAGCGCUCUCGCGGCCGGAGCUCUACGAUGCGUCGCUACAUCCGCAAGCAAAAGAAUGUUAUGGACGAGAACAAGCUUGCCCUCAAGACCAAGCUCGACGAAGAACGGAAAGCCCGUAUUCAGCAGCAGGCUGGGCCCUCGGCUCAAGCGCCCAGCAAGCCCACCGCCCUGGAUCGAUUCUCGUUUACACGUCGUUAA